AUGGUCGGUGGAAAUGGCCGGGGAAAUCGAACCGAUCAGUUGAAUGAACCAGCAGGUGUGAUUGUCGACAAAGAGACAGGCAGUCUCGUCAUCUGUGAUUACGGGAACCGACAAGUGAUGCGAUGGUCUCGUCAAAGUAGUACAAAAAGUGGAGAAAUGAUCAUCGUGAAUAUCGCUUGUGAAGGAUUGACGCUGGACGAUCCAGGAUUUCUCUACGUCUCUGACAGCGAAAAGCAUGAAGUGCGACGAUAUCGAAAGGGAGAGACACAGGAAACGGUGGUGGCAGGUGGCAAUGGGCAAGGAGAUCGUCUCAAUCAACUCAAUUGCCCUGCUCAUGUUUUUGUCGAUCGGGAUCAUUCUGUGUAG